UGUGAAUGUUGCCAUCUUGAAGAUUCUUCUAGUGUUGUGACAACCUUACCUGACAGCAGCGUGGCAUACAAACUUCACCUGGAAUGCAGCCGCCUCAUCAACCUGUAUGACUGGCUUCAGGCCUUCAUAUCAGUUGUAGAUCCAGAGGAAGAUGUAUCCAGCAAGAGAAACAUAGACCAGAAACUACAAGCUCGGUUUGUUCAAGCUGUUUCUGAAUUGCAGUUUUUGGGCUUCAUUAAACCUACUAAACGCAAAACAGAUCAUGUAGCCAGGCUCACGUGGGGUGGAUGUUGAUAUCCGAGAUGAAGUUUGGUGAUCAUACUGCUGUUGCUGCUGCCACAUUUGAAGAUAGUUUUAAGUACCGGUAUACAUUCCCUAAUGUUGGAUCAGUACUGUAAGUAAAAAAUUAAUUGUUGUAUUACAUUUCUUUGUAUUUUUGUAUUUCUACAAUGCGUUGGAAGAAUUAUAUUUAUUAUUCUUAUGAGACAAGCCAACUGAACCAGUGUUUUAAAUUUUGGCUGUGUUGUUUUUUCUUAAUAAAUAUUUUGCUUUGACAUUUUUUUCACUGGAAUGGAUUGGUUAAUUGAAUUAAUAUUUUUUAUUACUGAACAAACAGAAUAAGGACUACAAGAGUACUUCUAUGGAGAGAAAAUAAUUUUCAUUUUGCAGUUAGAAAUUUACAUCCUAGAAAACUUACAGGAAGUGAUAAAUUAGAGCUAAAAAAAAUAAAUUAGUAAUAACCCUGUAAGCUGAAAUAAUUGGUGCAGAGCUUUUUGGGAAUGAGAAAUUUCCAGAUAAUGAUACGAAUCUCUCAAACCCAGAAAAAUUCCAAAUCCCUGGAGUUUUUCCAGGUACUAUACAUACUGGGAAAUGGUUUCUAGAAUCUAAACUGUGCAUUGCACACAGACAACAUUUUUGCACAUCCUCAAAAUGUUUCUGGGUACAGUAAAGCUUUGAAUAAUGACGAUAAUGUGUCCUCCAAUAUGGCAGUGUAAGGUGAAUCAUCGUAUCUUGAGUGCUGCAUUAUUUACUUAGCGUCCCCCCCCCUCCAUCACUUUUAUGAUGCUUCAUUCUUUGCUUGCAGUGCUGGUAAGUGUUACUUUUUGAAAAUUAGUAAUUACAUGUAUAUGGGCCGAUUUUUUAUUGUAUUUUUGUAUUGUUGUACCUCAAUAAAUUGUAAUUUGGGAUAAUUCGGCAAGACCAGAGCCGCUAUGUGCCGAUU